AUGGACAACCCUUUCAUGGUUUCUGCCAGAUAUCUCCUGGACUUUUUCGAGGCGAAGUACCUCGCAUGGUCCUCGUGCCACUUCGACGAGCUUUACCAGAAGGUCAACGAGCGACACGAACGCCUCCAUCAGCACCCGCCCGAUGCCGAGCUCCCCAAGUUCCGUUUCGGGAGCGGCGCCGAGAGCGACAGCGACAGCUUCAACUGCUGGAGAGGCAGCGGCGGCGGCGGCGGGAGCGUAGGGCGGAGCGACGCGGGCGGCGGGGGCGGCUUCGCCGCUCUCAAGCCGCCCGCUGGCGGUGCCGAGGGGGAGGGCGGCGGCGGGGGAGGGGGCGGCGGGCGCCCCGCGGAGGAGAACUCGGCGGGGGGGGAGAGCGGGAGCCUGGCCCCCUCUUGUCCGCCGGGCCCCCCGUAG